AUGUCGGACAACCAAUCGAUCGACAUAGAACAGAUCGUAGCUGAGAUCAGCAACAUAUCCGACAACGCUAAUACGACGGUGCAGAAGAUGGACGCAGCGGUGAUUAAGGAAGACCUAUCAAGAGAUCUGAUUAUACAGACCUACAAAGAAACCAGCAAGAGCCAUAUACUUAUCAUCAAGCGCCUGCAAGAUGCCUAUGGGAAGUUCAGUAAGCGCGAAGUGGAGCGGAUCAGGGACAAGACAUCCAGGCAAAAGCAGGCCGAACGCAGAGACGACGGUACGGCGGAGCCGGUGGAUAUGGAGUUGCAGGCGGACAAUAGCAAGUUGUUAAGCAAUGUUAAGGUGCUUGAAAGAGAGAUUGAAAAUUUGAAGGGGAAGAAUGCCCAGCUGGGCACGAAGAACGAGGUACUGGAAGGGGAGAAUGCCCGGCUGAAGGGGGAGAAUGCCCGGCUGGAGAGAGAGAAGAACCAGCUGGAGAGAGAGAAGAACCAGCUGAGCAAAGAUGACAAGGCACUGAAGGAGGAGAAUGCCCAGGAUAAGACCCAGCUGGAGAAGGAUAAGACCCAGCUGGAGAAGGAGAAGAACCAGCUGAGCAAAGAUGACGUGGCACUGAAGGAGGAGAAUACCCAGCUGGAGAAGGAUAAGACCCAGCUGAGCACAGGGAACGAGGCACUGAAGGGGGAGAAGGCCCGGCUGGAGGGUGAAGUUGUUCGUUGGAAAGAUCAGUUUGCAGAGGAAAAGAAACUACACAACGAGGUGGAGACCAACAAGGAGCUACAAAAGAACAUCCAUAAGACGAACGAGGUACGCGCGCAGCAAAUCAACGACCAUGCAGAAAUCCUGCCAUCGGAACCUACUGCAACUCCGAUUGGUGGGUCGAGCGACCAAAACCGGGCCCCGGGCACGCCAGAAGAAAACGCGACUCUGGACCAGUCUCAAGUGCAAUGGGCAGAUGUGCUUGCGUUCGCCAGGGUCAUCGUAUCAACUGCCCUCGCUUUCGCCGUUGUAGCCCAAACUCAUGGAAACAUGAGGACAACAUACCCGGGAGAGUUCGCUAUGAAUUGUACAGACUUCUUGAUCGUCAUACACAGCCUGUGUCCAAACGAAUCACUACGCGCGCUCAAAGGCAAUUGGGCCCAGGAAUGGCUUGACACCGACGAUAACACCCAAAAAAAAAAAUUGGACCAGGUUUCGUUCGCACCUCCUAAGCCAGGAAGAUGCUGA